ACCAACCAAGAAUGGCGCCACCACGGAGGAAUCCCACCCUCACCCUGCACACUUAUUUCUACAUCUGCCUUCUUCUCCUCCUGUCCACGGCAACCAUAUCCGCCGCAGUCACCGCUUCCUCCUACUACACCGCCUGCCCUUCCCUGUCGCCCGCUCAAGACCGCCACACCAAAGCCGACGACACCCUUUCGCUCGUCCGCUCCUUCCAGAUCUCUACCGGCAAGUUCUCCCGCGGCGCCGAUGGCCCCUUUUUCCCCGGCGAUGACCCCUACAACGCCCGCUCCUUCUACUUCUUCCCACACGGCGCCUCCCGCACGGACGACCCGGCUCUCGUCCACCUCGCCGCCACCUUCACCCUCAACGACCCCUUCCGUAAUGACAGCGGCGCCGACUCCGUCUCCUUCUUCCUCGACGGUUACUACUCCUCAACCACACUGGAGCUCUGCAUGGUUGGGACGGGCACAGAGCGCACCGAAGAUGGCUCUCUCAAGCACUACCCCGACGUCGCCCUCCGCCUCCGCGUCCCCAGUCCUCCCACCCUCGCCGAUCCCUUCGUGACUGGCAGCCUGGAGGGCGGCGCCGGCCUCGGAACCAUCCGCCUCCUCGCGUAUGCCGAGGGCGACCACUACGAGUACGGCUCCGAGCGAGCGGCCUGCAGCCCCAGCCCACCGAAGCAGCCGGCCAGCGGCUCGCUCAGGGUGCUCGGCGGCAACCACCCUUUGUCCGUGUGCGCACACCUGACACCACAGCUCAUGACCUCGUACAGGCUGAGGCUGGAGCACGGCGGCACUCUGCUUCCCUGGAUGCGCGUAAACCAGGUGCACUGCGCCGUGGACGGCGCCGGCGUGCACGUGCGCGCCUACGCGGUGCUCUCGAACGACACCACGCCGACCGAGACGCGCGAGUACUACCGCCGCCAACGACGCUUCUUGGUCCGCGAGGAGGCCGUCGUGGCCGACGGGCAGUGGGACACGGAUCGCCGCAUGCUCUGCCUCAGGGCGUGCCGGGUGGAGCUCCCGGUGCUGCCGUCUGCUCCGGCGGUGCCAGAGCAUGGAUGCGGGAUCGGGAUGAGCUUCUGGUUCCCGGCCGUGUGGACGAUGCGGGAGCGGAGCGUCGUUGCCGGGAUGCUCUGGAACUCGACCCAAGCCGGCGCUGGACUGAUAACAGCGUCGAGCAUGGACGGCCAAAGAAGCUCCACCAACCUCUCCGACGUGAAGUACAGCUACAACGACACGCUGCUCAACGACGCCAUGAAGCAUUACCUCAAGAUCAGCAAGGAGAAGAAGAUCACCGUGGGUUCGCACUUGUUCCCGGAUUUUAACACAACUCACCGUGACUUUGAGUUCGGUUUCUACGGGCCGGUCAUCGGGAGCGGACACGCGGACCCUGUCACAAUCGGCUCGGCGAUGGUCGCCGGCAAUAUGCUGGCCGCCGACGAUGCCUUCUCCUGGCAGCCUGCGGUGGUUGACGACACAAAGCAGGAUCUGCUGGUGAAUGUCAGCUACGACAUACGCUACUCUGCUCCACGUGACAACUGGGUGCGUGCUAGCAGUAAUAUGUCCUACUACUCAAACUACUCGAUGAGGCCUCAGAGAAGACGCAUCUCGGCGGAGGGCCUCUAUGAUCCGAAGAGGGGUCUCCUGUGCAUGGUGGGCUGCCAAGAGCGCAACGGCUCGACGGACUGCCAGAUUCUUGUGACGGUGCAGUUCGCCGCGGUUGAUUCCAUGGCGCACGAGCACGGAACAGGGGUGAUCAGCAGCCUUAGGGACAAGACCGAUGGCCUUUUCUUCGAGAAGAUCCAGUUCACUUUGUAUGGGAUGUAUGCGACAGAAGUGUCCGAAGCCAUAUUGAGGAUGGACCUCGAGAGCAUCAUGUCGAUGGCCUCCACGACGCUGUCGUGCGUCUUCAUCGUCCUGCAGAUCCUCCACACCAGGAGGAACCCGGAGGUGGCUCCGGCGACGUCGGUCACCAUGCUCACCGUGCUCACCAUGGGGCACCUUGCCCCUCUCGCGCUCAAUACCGAGGCCCUGUUUGCAAGCCGGAGGAGCCGGUACUUUCCCUAUGAGUACUCGACCAGCCGGUGGAUCGAGAUGAACGAGGUGGUGAUGAGGGCGCCCACGCUGAUCGCCUUCGUGCUGCAGCUGCGCCUUCUUCAACUCGUGUGGUCCGGCCGCCGAACGUCCACCCUGUCCGACAGGACCGUGCUGUGGAUAUGUGUGCCCUUGUAUGUGCUUGGAGGAGUCCUGGCCGCGGUCGUCCACAUGAUCAAUGCUCAUGCCGCCACGAGCCGCAACCCGUCGGGCAUCGUCAUGGGUGGCGGGCCGGCGACGAUCUGGGAGGACCUUGUGUCGUACGCGGGGCUGAUACUGGAUGGCUUCCUCCUUCCGCAGGUCAUCCUGAACGCGUCGUUAGGAAAAUCCAAAGUUCGGGCGAUAUCGCCGUGGUUCUACAUAGGGAGCACCAUGGUCCGUGUGGCGCCUCAUGUGUACGAUGUGGCCAGAGUCCAUGUCUACAAGCCGAGCAUGCACUCGUCCGACCUGUACGCGAGCCCCCAUGGCGACUUCUUCGGUGUCGCGUGGGACGUGGUUAUACCUUGCGGGGCGGCGCUGCUGGCCUUGUUGAUGUUCUUGCAGCAGCGGCUCGGAGGCACCGCAUCGCUUCCUUCGGAGAGGAGAUCGGGUGGAUAUGAGAUGGUCUCUAACAUUUAGCUUAAAACGGGGGACUUCUCCUUCUGGGAAUCAAAGGGUGCAGUUACGGUUCAUGGAAUAACAUGUAUUGUUUUCGGUUGAAAGCAAAGAAAAUGUAGCUUAUGUAUUGUGGUAGGUAUGUCCAUUUGCUCU